AUGGCGUCGCCGCUCCAGCGCUCCGAGAGCGUCGGCGAGAGCGCGGGGCUCCUCUCGCCUGCGCGCAAGAGCUUUGCGAGCAAGAUUCCUCGGCGCAAAGAAGCGAUCGCGGCCGCCAAGCAGCUCGCGGCCAGCGACAACCAGGCGGACGAGCAGCUCGCAGACGAGCCCAGUGACGGUGGCAACAACAAUGGGCCAAGAAAGGUCGACCGGCACCAAGCGUUCAUCAAAGAGCUGGAGGAGAAGAAGCGCAAGGAAAAGGAGGCCGAGGCGGCCGAGGCUGACCGGCAGCGAAAGCUCCGGCUCAAGCUGCGCAAGAGCAUUCUACAGCGCGCCGCUGCGGUGCGCGCCGUCGAGCCGACGCCUAAGGAAGAGACACCGGAAGAGACGCCAGCGCCAUUCACCGAAGAGUCGCCAGAAGAGAAGAAGGCGCGGACAGCAGCGCAGAAGAAGCUCUUGCUCAAGCAGCAAGCUGUUUUGGAGGCGCUCCAAGCCAAGAAGCGAAAGGAGCAAGUCGAUGAAGAGGCCGAGCGCCAAAAGUCGACCAAGAAGAAGGAGGCGGCGCGCAAGGCCGCGUUGGGCACGCAGGAGGUAUCGAGUCGCAUGCAGGAUGCGCUCGAGAAGUUCAACUCGUCCGUGGCGAUGGCGGCCGCUGGCAGUGCCGUCGCCGCGGUCCGGCUCAAGAAGGACAAGGACGACGAACCCAAAGAGGUGUUGACACCCGAAGAAAUGGAGCGGCGUCUGCAGCAGCAGGAAGCGAUCAAGAAGAAACAAGUCGAAUACUUGAGCAAGCUCGCGGACGAGCGCAAGCAGAAGCAGCUUGACGACGAAGAAAAGAAGGAGCUCCUCGAGAAGAAGCGGCAAAAGGUGCGCGAGGAAGCGCUGCAGCGACACGAAGCGGCCAAGUUGGCGGCCGCUGAGAAAGCCGCGGCGGCACCACAGGUCGUAGCCGAGCCCGAAGUCGAAGAGAAGCCCAAGGUCAACGUCGAAGCGAUGGUGUCGCGAUUGAGCAAGCUCAAGCCCACUGAGGCGCAGCUCGUGCCGGAAGCCAAGGACUUUGCAUCCUGGAAGAAGCGCAACGGUGUGUCACCCGACACCAAGGUGUUUUGCCUCACGGGGUGGUAUCCCGUCAUCAAAGAGACACUUGAAACCCGCGGGUGGUUCCACAACGUGGACCGCAACAGUCCAUAUUUCGACCUCAAGUGGGCGCUCAAGUCGGAUGACCUCAAGAACGUCAAACUCAACGAGGACCAGCUCGUGAACCAUUUUAUGCAAAACACGGCGAUUACAACCAAAGUGGGCCUGCUCCACAACCUUCGCAACAUUACAUGGUUUCUCAGCGAAGACAUCGACUCGUUCUUUCCGCGUGCGUAUGACCUCAACGAACCGUCCGACAUGCAAGCGUACAUACAAGACUACCGCUACAUCCACGCCGAAGGCAUGCUCAAGCGCCUCCACGCCGCCUACAAAACAUCAUCCGCGCCCGUAAACCUUGGCGUGCUCGACGUGCUCCUCUCGGUCUGUCGAAAGCGCACCGAGAUCCUUCCCGACGAUGUCUUGGAUAAUGCCGAUGCCUGCGGCAUCGAGCCCGUGGUCACGGACCUGCAGUGGGAGGUGCUCACGCGCUGUUCGCCAACGUCGCCGAGUGCGAUCCGCGGGUCGUUCCAGUUUGUCAAGCCCGCUGUUGUACUCGACCCGAACGCGCCCGCGACCGAAAUGACCCCCAGCGAGCAGCGCGAGGAUGCUCGGCUCGUCAAGAAGCAAGAAAAGUACCUCGAGGCGGCGUUUGCCAAGGAGAAAGUGCGUCUCAACGCGCUCUUGGGCCAAGUGGAGGUAUUGUCGCCCGAGACCGUCGCCGUGGUGCAGUCCCUCUACGAUGAACUCGCAUCGCUUUGCCCGCAAUUUCACUUGAACGGCGCCGACUGCAAGAACGUUUGGAUCGUCAAGCCUGCGGGAAUGUCGCGGGGCCGCGGCAUUCGGGUCUUCAACCAACUGCACGAGCUGCUUGCAUACGCUGACGUCGAGAACCACAAGGAGUGUCAAUGGAUCGUUCAAAAGUACAUUGAGAAUCCGCUCUUGGUGUGCAACCGCAAAUUUGACAUUCGCCAGUGGGUCUUUGUCACGUCGUGGAACCCGCUCACGGUGUGGUUUUACAUGGACUGCUACCUCCGGUUCAGCUCGGAAGAGUACCAAGUCGACGACCUCAGCGACCAAUAUGUGCAUUUGACCAACAACUCGAUCCAAAAGUUUGGUGACAACUUUUACAAGGCGUACUCGACCGAAGACGGCUCGAUGACGGUCGAAGGCAACAUGUGGCACUCGGACGACUUGCAAGCGUACUUGACCAAGCGGUAUGGCCUCGACGCCGCGACGGGCCAAAGCAUUUGGCUCGCCCAUAUCCAGCCGCGCAUGAAGCAGAUCGUGUCGUGGUCGCUUCAGUGCGUGCAAGACACGGUGCACCACCGCAAGAACUCGUGCGAGCUGUACGGCUACGACUUUAUGAUCGACGACCAGUUCAAGCCAUGGCUCAUCGAGGUCAACAGCAGCCCUGCGUGCGACUACAGCACGCCGAUCACCAAGCGGUACGUCGAGACGGGUCUCCAAGACAUUCUCAAGGUCAUGCUCGACGUGCGCGAGUACGAUAUGGCCAAGCGUCGCAACAGCCAAACCAAGAUGUCCAAGCCCGACACGGGGCGCUGGGAGAACAUUGUCAAAGCCGAGUUCAUUGCAAAGCCCCUCUCGUCGUUUGGCGGCUCGGAUUUCGAAGUGCGCGGGAAGAAGCUCUCCAAGAAGAGCCAGCGGGCCAUCAACCAAGCGUGCUUGGCCCGCGCAUCGGCGAUGGCAGACGAGGCAGUACCGAGUGAAGAGGCAGCAGCCCCCGAGAGCGGCGAGCCGACGACGAAGGAAGAUUUGGGCGACGUUGUGGACGAGCCGGCGGACGACAGACCCGCCAUGCCCAACGAAAACGAGAUCAACAACGAUCGUAUAGAGUCGGGUCCGACCCCACACGACUUGCCGCCCGAGCUCGACGAGCUACUAUAGAGGUUUAUCCACUGCGUACAUGCCACCGCCUCGAGCGCCGCGGUGGUCGCUGUAAAAUGAAUCAAGCG